AUGGCGCAACAAAGUCAACCGAGCAAUUGCACGCAGGGCUACUCUAACUGCACCAUCGCAACCCACCAGACACGCACGGCCGAGUCAGAUGCCGCCAUCCUCCUACCGCACAUCAAAAAGACAGAUCACAUUCUCGAUGUCGGCUGCGGGCCAGGCAUCAUCACCACGGGCUUGGCCAAGUACGCUAGCGAAGGCACCACGGUCGGCAUCGAUAUCUCGACAGACGUCCUGGAGAAGGCAAAGACAUUGGCAGCUGCCGCCAACGUCCCCACUCAGGGGCCAGGCUCCGUCGUCUUCAAGGAAGCCAAUGUCCUGGAGAGGCUCCCCUAUCCCGACGAUACGUUCGACGUCGUCCACGCCUCUCAAGUCUUUGGGCAUCUGCCAAUGCCAGACCUGCCACUCCGGGCCCUGGCUGAGAUACGACGGGUCAUGAAGCCGGGCGGCAUCCUGGCCACGCGCGACGCAGCAGAGCAGCACUUCUACCCGCGGAGCCUAGACCUCGACCGGCUGUGGGUGCGAAAUCAUGUUCGGGGGUUGUAUAAGGGAGCGCCUGGCGCAGAGUCCCCGGCGACGAGUAUGCCGGCGCUGUUCCGUAGGGCUGGCUUUGACGCCGACGGCGGCAAGGUCCACAUCGGCGCCGGAGCCAGGGUGUUCUCGGGGGCGGAAACCCGGAAGUGGUUGGCCUGGCGUGUCACCGGCCAGCUAAAGCAGGGAGAUCCCUUCCGCCAGAGCUGGCUGGAUGCCGGCAUCACCGAGGACGAGAUCCAGGAAACGCUGCUCGCCGUGGAGAAGUUCGCCGAGACGGAGGAUGCAUGGUACAUGGCGCUGCAGUGCGAGAUGCUCGCGUGGAAGUGA